AUGGCCAAGACAUGCUACUUCCCAUUUGUGUUCCUUACAUAUUUUUUUUUGAGCUCAGCUUUGUUGGCCCGUUCCGAUGAUGGGUACGUUUAUAGUGAAUCAGCAUCAAAGUAUGUAAGACCCAAUUCGAACUAUGAACAACAUCAGGAGCAGCAGAAUGUGCAGCCCGCAAAAGCACAAGAUGGUGUAGCCCCCUCCAUGGUGAAUAAUGGCCCCUUGUCGAGGCCUCAGUCCUCCUUAAGUGUGCAGGACGCGGAAAAAAGAGAAGGACAAGAAGGAGGAAGCCAGUCGAGACUCAAAAGUGCAACAUCCCAAACAGAGGAGGCAGCACCAAAAAUAUAUAAAACAGGCGAUAACACAGCAGUGGUCGCCCACAAAGGCUCCAUGGUACAAAAGAGUAAGUCCUCGGAAAGGUUAAACGACAAAAUUGCAACAAUGACCACAAUAUUUGCCGUGCAUCCCUCUAAGUAUAUCGGCAGCGUGAAAGAGUUAUUUCAUUUGUACAACAACAACAUUGACAUAACGAAAAAUGGUUUCACUAACGGAUCAAUAUCACUACACAUAGAAUUUAACAAGCAUACAAGUAGUGAGGACGUUGCUAAGCUGAACACCGUGUUCUAUGCACGUGCAGUAAACGAGGAUGACAUGAAUGUUGAAAUAGCAGAUGGAGCAAACCUUAUUGAUUUAAAGGUGGAUGAACUGUUAAGAGAAAACGCAUCUGCAAAUGGCCUUCAUAUUGUUUCGUCUGGCGGAAGCGGCGGGAAUGUAACUUCGGACCCGUCUGCCAAUGUGUACCAAGCUAUUAAGGACAGUCAACUGGACGCCACGAAGCUUUUUAUCACGCUAAACAAGGAGGGCGAAGACAAGCUUUCUGUUUCAAAAUUGGACGAUUUUUUGGGCGAAUGUUUGAAGGGUGCGCAGGAUGCCUUGACGCAGGCAAAUGCAGCGGAUAAGAAGAAGAAAAAGAAAGCAGGAAAUUUGCAAAACGCCGAUGAGGUUAGCGGAAGCCAAGCUACCAGAAGCCAAACCAGUAGCGGCGAAACCAGUAGUAACCCUCCCAGCAGUAAACAAGAGAAAGCCAAGAAACACAAAAAGACCAGAAAGGCAUUAAUGAAUGAAUUCAAACAGAGCGUGAUCUCAAAGGACAUGGAGAGGUGUAAAGAGUCUGCCAAGCUCCUAAUGGCGAGUUCGACCAUAUCCACUUUGAUGUACCUGUUCGUACUAAUAGCACUGAGCGUCUACUUAUUGUAG